CACUCCUUGACCUAGCCCAUAAUUAUUUUUUAAAAAACAUGACUUCAUAAAACAUUGUCCCGCUAAUGUUUUUCCCAGAAUCUCCAUAAAACCCUCCUCAUAUCUAACUUUUAUCAGAGACGCCUCACGCCGCGCCGCGCCGCCAUGUCGCCGCCGGCUUCCGACAUCCUCCAGAAUCGCUUUCUAUCUUUCCUAAUAUGGCAAUCAAUUCAAUCUUCCGCCAUUUUUAUACUCUUCAAAGCUUUUUUCUUCUCUCCUUUCUCUUUCAAACACCUCCUUCCUUCUCUCUUUGGUACCUUCUCUUUCUUCUUCUUCCUCCUCUCAAUGCUUCUGUUCUCCAUUUCUGUUCAAAUCUUAUCUACUCCACAGUAUCGCCGCCCUGCUUCGGUCCCUGAGCUGGCUCUUGGAAUCAUUCGAUUACUUUUCAGUGGUUCGGCUUCCCUUGACAGUGAUUUUGUCGGUCGAGUUAGGUCUUCGCUUUGUAUUGCACUUUUUGUUAUUGUUUCCGCUGCUUCAAGUUUUGUGGCUGUGAUUUCUAUUGCUGGAAGUAGUUAUUCUGGUUCUUUAGGUGGGUUGAUCAAUGAUUUGGGGUUUAAGGCUCUUGCUACUGGUAUGAUUUAUGGAGUAUACUUUGUAUUUUCUCGGCGUUGGGUGUUGGUUUUCCCCAUUGUUCAGCGUCCACCUUUCUUUAGCUAUAAGAUGGGGCUUCUUCCUGCUGUUCGACAAGCGUCAAAGCUUUCAGUAGCAUCCUUCUUGUUCACACCAUUGUUUGUGUUCCUCUUACCUAAUCAACAUAAAAGUCCAGUUGCAGGCAAAUUCUUUUCGGGAAAUUUCAUCUUUUUCAUUGGAAGUUUUGCUGUUUUUCUCUUCUGGGAAUUGAUACUUCAUUUACAUAAGGUACUUCAUACAAAGAGAUAUGUUUUUGCUCCACCGAAAGGAUCAUUGGCAGUGGAAACAAGUCCCAGUGAUUUUCUUCUGGCUACUCUUGAGGAAAGUAAUCCAAGAUCUCUUCUAAAGUAUCUUGGAUAUCUUGAUUUAUCCAUGGUUUGUGGUAGUAAUGUUGAACCCUGGCGCCGGGCUGCCUUCUUUGAAGAAACUGGUGAGACUUACAAAAGGGUUGUGGCUGCAUGCUUGAGGCCUUUAGAGCAGUUUGCUUCCAAGUUAGCUGAAGGAUUAACUUGUUCAGCUGAUCACACAAACAAGCUUUCACAUCAAUUAAGUUCACCAAAUGACAUUUUUCGCAGCUCUGAAAUUCUCGAAUCAUUUAGUGAUUUCCAGUUGUAUGCUUGGUGUGCACAAGCUGUUGCAUCAUUAGAAGUGCGCUCACACACGGAAGACAGGUUUGGAGUUGCUCAGCUAUCCGGGAGCCACGCUUCGGUGUUAUCGACACUCUUGUCUUGUCUGCUUGCUGUUGAAACAUCCAUGGGGAAGAAGAUUAACUUGCAAUCCCCGAAUCAUAUCUUGGGUCCUGCAGGCAUUAAAUGGGCUACAAACAGCACAGCUAGGCGGGAAAUUACUUCAGCCAUAAACAAGAAACGGGGCAGCCCUUCACACUCGAAGUCCUACGCAUUAGCAGACGUGUUAAAGACAUCGAUAUAUUCCAUAGUAUCGGAAUUUCAUGAAGAGAUGCUAGCUAGUGCUAAAAUGGGGCUUUUAGAGAAAGAAUGGCUGAACAACGGUAAGCCUGUAUAUGGAUCUACGGAGCUUCUGGUUCUAAAACUGCAUUUCUUUCUUAACUUUCAAGCUAGCUAGUUGCACUUGGAUAGAUUCAAUCAUUUCUAUUUUGGGAAAGCAUGAAUAGAACAUUUACAUCACACAUGGAAGUCUUUUAUUGUUCUUUAAGAAGGCUGCUGUUGGCUAUACGGAUGGGAAUGUACUACUUGCUUAACUUAUCUCUGUGCUGCUUCUAGGCCUCUCAACUUUGAUCCAACCUAGAAACGCGAUUGAACCCGUCUCAAUCGAUAUACUUGAUCGAUCUGUAGCUUUUUUACGAUUUGGUAAAUUUUGAGUUCUGUAAAUUUUUAAACUAUGAUAUGAAGUACUAUUUUUACGUUAAGUUUUUUGAAAAUUUUCCUUAUAUAAUGUGAAAUGGGAAGUUCUAGUGUAGUCCACAUGAUCAUAAUGAUUUUCGAAAUUUGUUACGUAGAUAAAUGAAAAAUUGUAAAUUGCUAUCUCAUGUAUAAUGAUUUUAAACUGUUAAAAAAAUGCUAAUUGAGUUAGCAGUUUAGCA